AUGGCAGCAAAUACAGCCCAGUCAGUACAGUCAGUGACUGUCAUUGGAGCUGGUCCCUGUGGUUGUGCCUUCGCAGCUGAUCUUGCCAGCCGAGGAAUGUCAGUCCUUCUUUACGGACAUCCAGACCAUAGAGGGGCUCUUCCGUUGAUUGAACGCAAUGACUGCUGGUUGAAUUCAGAUGGCGAAAUCACUGGUAAAUUUCAGAUCAAGACCACGAGUGAUAUGUAUCUGGCUAUUCAGCACUCACCUUUCAUCGUGAUAACGGUGCCUUCUUAUGGACAAGAUACCAUCGUGCGAGUUUUGAGCCAAUUUGACCUUCGCCAACAUACCAUCAUCAUGAAUGCCGGCAACUUUUUUUACCUCGCUGCUCGUCAAAAUCUUAAUGCCCAUGCUAUAAUGGAGACGGAUAUCUCGCCGUAUGCCGUUCGCAUUACGGGGGAUACGGUGUUUGUUAAGGGGACAAAGAAAAGUCUGGCAAUUUGGAUGGAGCCACCCACCAACCAAAUCGAACGUUUAAGCCCACAGUCGGACAUCAUUCUCCGUCGCAACGUUGAGUCUCUAUUCUCGCUUAAACUUGUCUGGUGUCAAAAUCUCCUCCAGGUUGGCCUCAACAACAUCAACCCAGUUGUUCAUUGUCCAGCAGCUUUGAUGAAUACUGGAUGGAUUGAAUCUACCUCGGGUGACUUUUACUUCUACGCCCAGGGUAUGUCAAGCUCUGUCUCUAAAGUCAGUGAGAAGAUCGAUCAGGAGAGACUUGCAAUCGCGCGAGCUUACGGUCUUGACCUGGUUGACAUCAAUACGUAUAUGAACAAAAACUACAGUCAUGACCGCGAGUUUCGCGAUUAUCAUGAUUUUGCAGUCGGAUCAGUUAUACACAACAAAACAAAGAGCGCUCCGACCAACAUGAGUCAUCGAUAUCUCUUAGAAGAUAUCCUGUAUGGCAUGGUGCCGUGGUUCGAGCUUGGAAUGAAAUGUGGAUUGACGUCGCCAACCAUUAGGUCCCUUAUCGAGAUUGCCUCAGUCGUGAGUGGGUUUGACUACUUUGAACACGGAAGAAGCCUGAGCUCUGCUGGCCUAGGAGAAUCCACGAAAGAUGAUGUCUUGGUGGCUCUUGGAGGGCCCAUCGAUAAGAUCCCGUCCAAUCCACUUCCUGUAGCCGACACACCACCCCAACGACACUUUCUAUCGCAUCCGGCAAUGCCGAAAGCUCAGAUUGUGGCAUGA